GCUACCAUUUUCCUACCUACCGUUGUAGAGUCGAUCCGUCGAUCGUGCACGUGCAUCUUACCUAUGCAUAACAGCCGCGCGGUAGGUAUAUUUGCCACGGCCAUCACCCAUUGCCGUAUUUUAUGACAUUCGACACAUCACACAUGUGUAUUAGAUAGGUACUAUUGGCGUAAAUACAAUUGUUUUAUAAUAUUUUCGUCGUUUUACCAUCGUGUUUUUAUAGACAAUAAUWCUCGCUGCAGUGUUCGUGUGCGGUAUACGAAACAAUCAGAUUGCAGUGGCCUAUUCUCGUAUAUUACGUAAUAUAUAAUUAUUAUUAUUCGCAAUCAUGUUUAAUGGGUACUAUGGGUCAACGUCGGAGAGCAGCGACAGCGACGCGCCGAUCGACGACGGAUCAUCCGUUAAGACGAUGGACCUCAACUACCUGUUGCUGGACGGCGACACUAUCCAGAAGCAUUUGGACGACAUGUGCAAGCGCAGCCGGCCAGAUGGUAUUGACACGAUGCUGCUCAACCAUAACGCUAUGCUAUCRUUGCCACCUGCAAUCAAUCGGUUCCAGCACCUCCGCGUGCUCGACAUUAGCAACAACCGGUUGACGCAUGUGCCCUACUUCGUGGCACGGUUACCACUCACCACGCUUGUCGCCAAGAAUAAUCUUAUCGACGAUGACGGGUUCCCUAAGGAGUUCGGCUGUGCUGCUCACCUCAAGGUGCUUAACAUUAGUGGUAACCGGCUGUCACACUUUCCCCAACAACUACUGUCGGUCACCACUCUCGAGUACCUGUACAUGGGCAGCAACAAUCUAGUCGAGAUACCCAAAGAUAUCAACAAACUCAUCAGAUUGAAGUUCUUGUGUUUGGGUGGAAAUCAUCUGUCAGAUGUGCCUGUGACUUUAGGUAUGUUGGAUAAUUUGAAAGCGCUAAACUUGAGUGAUAACUCACUGGAGAGUUUGCCACCGGCCAUUGCCAAUCUCAAACAUCUAAAAUCGUUGAUGUUGCACAAAAACAGACUUCGUACACUUCCUGUAGAAAUCAUAUCAUUGAAGUGCCUCACAGAGUUAAGCCUGAGGGACAAUCCAUUGGUUGUGAGAUUCGUAAGUGAUAUGACGCAUAAUCCACCAUCUUUACUCGAACUGUCUGCUAGAUCAGUGAAAAUUAACAAUGUACAAUACGGAGAACGCGAUUUGCCAUACAAUUUGAUUGAAUAUUUAUCAAGCGCACAUCAUUGUGUCAAUCCUAAGUGUAAAGGUGUAUUUUUUGAUGACAGAGUAGAACACAUUAAGUUUGUGGACUUUUGUGGCAAAUACCGAAUUCCACUGCUACAGUACCUAUGUUCAUCAAAAUGCAUAGUCAACCACAGAAACAUACUUGGAGAUAGCACGGACAGCAAUAUGAUGAGAAAAGUUUUACUCGGAUAAAUCUGUGAACAUUUAUUUUUAAAGAGAUAGGUUACCUACCUACUUACUACACAAUUUAUUUGAUUUAUAUGUAAAUACCUAUUUUCAUACAUACAAGCCCCUAUUAAGUCUAUUCAAGACAACUAAGGGUUGAAUUCAUCAAUACAGUCAUGGUACACUAAAUAAAUACUAUAAGUACCUCUGA